AUUCACACAAACUACGUGGAAUAUGUGAAGAGAGAGACUGAAGGAACAAUGCAAGCAUUUUUGCUCGAACAUAUAAAUAAAUGGCUUGUUGAUAUUUACUGUCACAAGGUUAUUAGACUUUCUGCUGCUACCCAGGAUUAUGAUGGUUCCAUUAUAUGUAACGUCCAUGGAGUGAACCCCAAAUGCCUUGCCAUUGGUAAGAAAAAGAUGGAACAACUGCAGAAUGGAGGUCAUGCCUUUACGAAAGGUGCCUACUAUAUUGGGAAGAUGGUAUGGAGCAAAGGCUACAAGGAGCUGAUCAGACUUCUCAGUGACCACCAAAAUGAUCUUGUAGGACUUGAGGUUGAUUUGUUUGGCAGUGGAGAAGAUUCAGAUGGAGUUCAAGAAGCGGUGAAAAACUUGGAACUGAUAGUUAGAGUUCACCCAGCACGUGAUCAUGUAGAUCCUAUAUUUCAUGAUUACAAAUUGUUUCUGAAUCCAAGCACAACAGACGUGGUUUGCACAACGACAGCAGAAGCUUUAGCAAUGGGCAAAAUUGUUGUAUGCGCCAACCAUCCCUCAAAUGACUUCUUCAAGCAGUUUCCAAACUGCAAGACAUAUGAUGACAGCAAUGGGUUCGUUAAAGCAACAGUUGAAGCACUAACCGAAGACCCUGCGCUACUUACUGAUGCUCAGAGAUAUGAGCUGUCCUGGGAGGCUGCCACAAAACGGUUUCUUGAUGCUGUUGAGUUGGACAAUCAUUUUGCCAGAAAAUUUUCGGAGAGUUCUUCUAGAAAAUGUAUGUCUGCAUCUUCAUAUUUGCAAAGAAAAGUGCAAGAUACAUCAGCAUGUCUUCAUCAAGCAGUUUCAGGGAGUGAAGUUUUUAGAAGACUAUUUGGAGCAAUUCCGGGUAGCUUGCAACCUGAUGAAGAGUUAUGCAAGGACCUUGGCUUAGCUAUUCAUCCAAAGAAGCAAAGGUGAAAUUAAUGUUGGAAUAUAUGGAGAUCAUUUUAAGUUGCCCGUGCCCUAGAGGUGCGGAAUGGUUUUUAGAUGCCAAGGAUCCCUUUCUUGUCACUCAGGAGAAGAUCUAUUGCCUGGAAAUUUAAUCUGUACAGAAGGCAGGAUUGAUCCACGGGCAACAUUGCUGAAACAAAGCUUUUGUAACUAUACAAGCAUGGAGAUUUAGGUGGUCAGAUUCGUUUGAUGUUGUCUUUCCUGUGAACACAAUAGUAUAAACUGCACCUUAUGUUCUAAACUGUGAUGGGGGUAUGUCUGCUUGCGCUGUAAGCCAGCAGUGGACUGAUGAACGCGGGGAAGAAAUGGAUCUAAUCAAUUGGUUUCUUUCCUGGCCAGUCUUGUGAAGUUGUGACGUCAUUGUUAGCAAGGACAAUAUGCGACAUGCGUUAUGCAAUAACCAAUGUAUACAAUAACACAGGUUUAACUCCAACCAAAAUGUUGAAUAUGUUACGGAAAUAGAAAGAUCUCUUGAUUUUUGACAGUGGGAAGUUUGCUUUUGGUCCAAUUCUGGACUUGUGGUUGAGAAAGCGAAUAUUCAUUGUUAUUAUUUUCAUCUUUAUCUCAAAUAUGAAAUACAAAAAGUGGAACGAAAAAACGCCGGGUUCAAACUCUGUA